AUGUCAGGUGUGCCUCUGGUUGAUUUUCAGAAACAGAAAAAACAAGGGGCCAUGUGUGAAGAGGAGUGGAGAAUUCGAGGUGAGCUGGAGAGUGAAAUAGAGAGAGACUUGGAAGAAGAAAUCAAAGAUGGAAUAUACCAUCUGGCAUUUAGAUUGCACCGCCUUUAUCAGCACAAAAGGGAAAGGAAUGCCGAGGGAAUAUCAGAAUCUGGGAGUAAAAAAGACAAAACACUUUCCGAGGUGAAUAUAAGUAUAAAAAUGGAGGGUGGAACCAGAAUUGAGAUUAAAGAGACUAAGAAAGAUCAAAAGGGUCAGCCUCUUAGACCCGGACCGGAGUCAAGAACAAAAGGGUCUAAAUCUAAUGCUAAGAAGUUUGAUGGGCUAAUCGUCUGA